AUGCCGGAUAUCAACGACUUCAACAUGAAAACACGCGGCGGACGGCUUACAAGCGACGAGAGUAACUUCCUAUCUUCAGGCAGAGACUUCUCGAUGUUCUCGCGUCUCCCGUCCUCUGCUCCGUCGUUCACCUACAGCAAUCUGCCCAGCUUCCGCAACGCCAGCAGCCUCUACGAACCGCGCCAGCUUUCGGGCAACUCCAACACGGGCAGUCUUCCCUUUGUUCCUCGGGAGUCCAUGUUGAACGACAACUUUGCCCCGUCGUCGCGCGUCUCGUCGUUCCCUCAGCGUCCAGCACAUGAGAGCAGAACCAUCAACCCACAAAAGCUGGCUAACCCGGUCAAGCGCGACCACAGUGUGCCGGAAACUGACAUGAUCGAUUUUUUGAAGUGUCUGUUCAUAAUAUUGUACGAGCUCGGCAAGAAGACCGCUCUUUGGGUCGUCUUCUUUCUCAGCAUUGGCGGAAAGCACCUGAUGAGGCUGAUAGAGAAAAUUCCCACGCCCGAACCCGCCAAAAAGGUGGAAACCACGCCGAUCAAACGCGAGCUGGACGGAAUAGCUGAACUAUUCAACAAGCUGGUGCCUGCUAGCGUUUCCACCCCGUUGGAGGGGUCUGAGGCCAAGGAAAUCGACAAUAGCAUAGUUGUUAGCAGGAAAAGCAAGAUCGGCCAGCUGGCCAGCAAGCUGAACGAGUCCAAGGACGAAUCUCCGGCCAGCGACUACGGGACGUUCUUCUACAAGCCAAGGAACGUGCGACCAAAUCUGAACAUCGAGGCCAUGUUUCUCAAGUCGAACUUCGGCCGGCCAGAGACUUACAAAGAGCAGAAGCCGUACGAUCCAGAUUCCGAGCUAAAGAACAGGGCGUCUCAACUAACCAGCUCCAUCAAAAAAAUGUUCCCGCUUGAGGAGGACCGGAAGCGUGACAGAAGAGCGUCUCGUUUCAGAGACCUUGAAUGGCUGAAAAAGGACAACGUCGACUACGUGGAGAACCUCGAGUCCACGGAGCUCUUCAAGGAGUACCAGAAGAUCAUGCAAGAGCGCACCAAGAUGCAGGAACUCAUCAAGCUCACCAAAAUCAGAGACUACGCCAAAGUGAGGCCCUUGAGCUCAGACCAGCUGGCAGUGGUGGAGAAGUUCUGGAAAAGCAGCAACCCUCAGCUCCUGGUGUCCAGCGCGUUCAACAUCGACAUAUACACCAGAGACCUGAAGACGCUGUGCGACCGGAAGUGGCUCAAUGAUAACGUGAUUGAUUUCUAUAUGGGGCUGAUCAACGAGCGCGCAAAAAGCCAUCCCACGACGUUGCCGCAGAUCCACAUUUUCUCGACCCAUUUCUACUCGAAUUUAUCCACUAGAGGAUACAACUCGGUGCGGAGAUGGACUAAGCGUGCCAAAGUGGACGUCACGAAGCUGGACUACAUUUUUGUGCCGAUCAACCUGAACCAGUCGCACUGGGCGCUGGGCGUCAUUAAUAACAAGGAGAAAGCGUUUCAGUACUACGACUCGCUCUACGGAAACGGCGACGACAUACUGUACAACUUGGAGGACUAUAUGGUGAACGAGACGAAGAAGCUGUAUGGAGACUCGAUGAACGGCGUCGACUAUUCGCUGUACGACCAUUUCGAUUCCAUGAAAACGCCCAAGCAGGAGAACGGCUUCGACUGUGGGGUGUUCAUGUGCACGGUUGUCGAUUACGUCUCCCGGGAGCGGCCGCUGCUGUUUUCGCAGUCGGACAUGAAGAACCUGCGAAGACGAAUGGCGUAUGAGAUAUGUAUGAAAAAGCUGAUCGACCACUAG